AUGGCGCUGCGCUUCUCCGCCAACCUCUCGUGGCUCUUCCCGGAGCUCCCGGCGCUGCCGGCGCGGCUGGAAGCGGCGGCGGCCGCCGGGUUCGGAGCGGUGGAGGUGGCUUGGCCGGCGGGCUGCCCGGCCCAGGAGCUGCGGGCGGCGGCGGAGCGGGCGCGGGUGCGGAUCGCGCUCCUCAACACCCCCCCCGGGGACCCGGAGGCGGGCGAGCUGGGGCUGGCGGCCGUGCCCGGGCGGCAGGCAGCCUUCCGGCAGGGCCUGGAGGCGGCCGUGCACUACGCCAGGGCUGUGGGCUGCCCCAGGAUUCAUGUGAUGGCUGGGCGGGUUCCCUUGGGCACAGACCGGGCUGCAGUGGCAGGUGAGAUGGAAACCACCUUCAUUGAGAAUCUCAAAUACACUGCUGACCUCCUGUCCCAGGAAGACAUGAUUGGACUGUUGGAGCCUAUCAACAACCGCAUCACUGACCCUCGCUACUAUCUGAACACCCCACACCAAGCUGCUGCCAUCCUGGAGAAAGUGGGACGGCCCAACCUGAAGCUGCAGCUGGACCUUUUUCACUGCCAGAUCAUGGAUGGCAAUUUGUCACGCAACCUGGAGACAUACUUCCCACUCAUCGGUCAUAUCCAGAUUGCACAGGUGCCAGGGCGGCACGAGCCCGAUAGCCCUGGGGAGUUGAACUUCCCCUACAUCUUCGAGCUCCUGGAGUCCCUCAGCUAUACUGGCUACGUGGGGUGCGAGUAUGCUCCAAAGGGAGACACCCUGGAAGGUCUGGGCUGGCUGCGAUCCUACUGGGAAAGCCGAGGGCUGCAGCACGGUGGGACCAGCAAGGCAGCCAAGUAAAACUAGAAAACCAUGAGAAUAAAAGACAAAGCAAUGGCUUAA